AUGAAGCAGCGUAAUUUGUUAAAAGGACGCGUGAAGCACUUGCUGAAAGAACAAAAAGACAUGGGCCAAGUGGGCAAGUCAGCUGUACUUUGUUGUGCAUUGGCGGUGCAAAUUUUUGUAAAGGACCUUGUGACUGAAAUGCAUCAGCAGCUGACAGAGGGUGAUGAGAUGACACCGAUGGAGUUAAAGAGAAUCGUGUUAGCGAGGGAAAAACUUAACUUUUUGCACGACAAAGUUACUGCUAUUGAUGAGAAUGCUGCCAAGUACCAGAAGCCAGCACGCUGUGGCAAGAAGAGAGCACAGUUGGAUGCUGCGAAUAAAUUAUCAACGAAGAAAGCACGCGCAACAAGGACGGCAAAGAAAUCAAAUUUUUUAUCAAAGACUACAGCAGCCAACCCAGCAGUCUCGGCAGCGAAGACGUCUACAGCUGUGACAGCUAAGAAGAAUAUUACUUUAGUAUCACUGAACCCUAAAGCACAAUCAGUUUUGGUUAAAGAAGACGAAGACUACGACGAAAGUGAUAGCGAUGUAUGA